CAUAAAUAGACUCUGGACGAAGCUCUGGAGCUUUCAGAACUGGAAAUCAUCUCUGCGUGUCCAGGACUUGACUGACCAUGAGGCUGUUGCUUGCUGCUCUGGGCCUGUUGGCCAUUUUUUGUUCAGUUUCUUGUCACAAAGGCGAGUGUCUGGAGAGGAUGGACCAUAAGAAGUCCCCCAGUGAAGAGCCAGACAUGCCUGAAUGCCAGCUCUAUUCCAACGCCUCCUGCUGCUACCGGAAUUUCACAGAACAGCUGCAGUCGCCAGUGUCAAAGGUGGACAACAUGUUUUGGGACAAAUGUGGAAACAUCAGCCACAGGUGUGAAAAGUUCAUGAAGAGGAUUGAGUGCUUCUACCAAUGCUCGCCCUACGCAGGCCGCUGGAAGAAUCCCAAGUACCCCGUGGGUUUGCUGCACGCUCCUCUGUGCCUGAGCUUCUGUGAUGACUGGUUUGAAGCUUGCAAAGAUGAUCUGACAUGUGCAAGGAACUGGCUGACGGACUUUGAGUGGAAUUAUGAUGGAAACCAUUGCAAGAACAGCUGCACCCCAUACAGCAAGAUGUACGCAAAUGGAACUGAUUUGUGCCAGUCGAUGUGGGGCCACUCCUUCACUGUGGCCAGCAGCGAGUGCCGCUGCUUGAGGCUUGAUGAACGAGACAAAGCUGUGAUGAAGUAUAUGAAGCCUGAUGACUCCAGCUCAAGCAGCAGCUCCAGCAGCAGCAGCAGCAGCUCCCAGUCCAGUGAGGAGAAGUCCUGCCAACGGGUAAUGGAGGCGCUGGAGAAACAAAAAGCAGAGGAAGCCAGGGAGCAAGAGAAGGAGUCUGAGUUGCUGGGAAAUGAAUGAGUGGGUGGCCUGUAAGCGCUCAGGAUGAACGUCUCAUCACUUUUUGGCUUUUCAUGUGUAAUAGCGGUCAUGCUAUAAUUAAUAAAGCUCUGUUUCAUUUCAA